GAAGGUGGUGCGGCCUUGGGCAAUAUGGCCGCUACGUUUCAGUCCUUGGCGAAAGCUGGGCUGCCAGCUCCUCGGAUCUUCCUAUUACCCUGGGUGGCGGGGUCAUGCCCCACUUGCUGCCGCUGCCCUCUCGGAGCUAAAAGAUACCUACUUACAGAUAAUGUUUUGAAAUUAAAGGAAUUUCAACAUAAGAAGGUGGCUGUUGCAUGUAAUCUUCCUGGCACCAAAGAAACCUAUUUUAGAAACUUGGAAGAGAAAUUGACCCAGAAGAAACUCAUCUUGAAGGACGAGCUGACAACCUUGCUUCAUUUGUGUCAGUCCCAAGAGGAUGUGGAGCUAGCUAAAAGUGUCAUUCACAGGUACCAUGCAGAAAAUAGAAAUAUGACUUUGGGGGAAUAUAAAUUUGGACCAGUUUUCAUGAGGCUGUGUUAUGAGAUGGAUCUUGAGGAAUCUGCAGUGGAGCUCAUCAAAGACCAGCAUUUACGAGGUUUCUUCUCAGACUCCACAUCAUUCAGUAUUUUGAUGGAUAUGUUGUUUAUCAAGGGCAAUUAUGAAGGUGCAUUGGAAGUGUUGAUAGAGAUGAAAAACCAGGAUGUAAAAUUUACCCAAGAUACAUAUGUCCUUGCUUUUGCAAUUUGCUACAAGCUGAAUAGCCCAGAAUCUUUUAAAAUCUGUACUACAUUAAGAGAAGAUGCCCUAGUCAAAGGAGACAUUAUUUCCAAGAGAGCAUCCUGUUUUGCUGUGGCGUUAGCUCUGAAUCAGAAUGAAGUGGCCAAAGCUGUGUCCAUAUUUUCUCAAAUCAUGAAUCCAGUGAGCAUUGCCUGCACUAAUUUAAAUAUCAUGAUCCAUAUUCAGUCAAAUAUGUUGGAAACCCUAAUAGAGAUACUGCAAGGUGCUGCAGAAGGAAAUUUGUCUAAAUUUGUGAUAAGACACAAAUUCUCCAAUGAAGUGCUGGCCAAAGUGAAGGAAAAAGUGAAGGAUGUGCCCGCACUUGUGGCCAGAUAUGAGGAGAUCUAUGGGAAACUGCAUAUACAUGGCCAGGUGACUUCUUACACUCUGGAUGCUCUGCUCUGCUACACCCCCAGGAACAAGAAUUCUCAUACUUCACUACUAAACAGGAGGAAAUUCAGCCAACGGACCUUUCAGCCCCUCAACAAAUCCCUAUUGGUCGAGUAACCCUAUUUUCAACUUUCUUCUGGAUCUGAGGGGUCUGCUUCAAGUGAACUGUUGGCUUCUCUAAGAAGUCAGGUAUCUUACUUCAGUGGAUGUUAUGCUAACACUUGGUCUCCCUAUGUCCUGAGUUCAUGAAUGGUGGCAUGCUGGCCAUGGAAGUUUCCUUGUUGUCCAGCUAUGAAGGUCUGGAUUAAGCAAAGAAAGCUCAGCUCCCUCAAAGUCAGUCUUCCCCUGUGUCACUCUUGGGGAAGGAGUAUGAUUUGAGUCUUCAAUGCAGCUUAUAGUACCUGAAUAGAGUCCAGUGAACAUCAUCAAGAAUGAACUACACCUGAAGUGUGAUCUUCCCUGUUUUUCAAGGGAAUGAUUGUUGUAAUAAAUACCCUUGCUGAUUUUAGGAGCUCCAAAACCCUGUCCUACCAUGUUGGGAAACAGCCAAGGAUUUUCUUACUGCUCUACUGUCAUUUAAUUCUCUCACCCUGAAUAGAAUACUCGAGCCCCUGUUUUUCCAUCUGCAAAUAGUAGUGCCUAUGUUUGUUGGCAUAAUGACUUGAAAUGAACCUUCAAGUGUUCUCAAAAACAUGAGCAAUAAAAAGGUACCUGA